AUGCCUUCCUGGUUGAACUUGCACCGUAAAGCUGAACUGGCCGAAAUGGCUGGUCAAGCUGGCAUCGACGAGUAUGCAUACCAAACGCAUCAGAUCGUUGCUCUCCUGGAAGAGCAACUCACAAAUAACGCGUCAACAUACUCUGACCAUCCUUCCUUCGAGGGCUAUUAUGCCCGCAAGGGUUCUCCCACAAAGCGUGAGUCGGGCUCGACUCCUGCUGCCGACCCAGAAGUGACCAGGUCUAUUACUCGAAGACGCGCCCCUCGCAUCAAGGGUGAAUCCGAUGUUGAACCCAUAUCAUCACCUACUGCAGUCACUGGAAGGCGUACUGCUCGCGCCGUGCUGGUGUCAACUCCGGCCAGAAUCGAGGCACCUAGAAUCGAGGAACCCGUGUUUGAGGCACCACGUGUCGAAGAGUCUAUGCUCCUCAGCCCUCCACGCAUGGCACUCCCUCCUUCCCCAGCAGUCGUGACGGAUGCCAUUGAGGAGCAGACUGCCCGCAUCUCUGAGGGCAUGAACAAGCUCUGGACAUCUUCGCACAUCAUGGACGUGCUUGAAGAAGCUCGUCUCGACCUCUCAUCUGUUACCGGCAUCCACUUCACAAUCCUCCUUCUCGAGUCUGCGGCACUCCACUACGCAACUGUUCCGUGGAAAUUCGCAUUCGACUUCCCGAGUCUGUUCGGAUUACCCAGUUUCGCAGUAUUCCUGCCUGACAUAUUUGUGUUCCUCACCCAUCACUACUGGGCACCUUCAUUGCUGUGGGCACUCAUGAACUUCUGGGCCCCACUUGCAACUGGCUGGUUGUUCAACCUGUCUCUCAAACUUAAGAAGAAGGACGGAUUCGAAGACUACAGACCAGUUUACCGCAUCGAUCCUUUAAUGUUCAGUAUCGCCAAAGGUCUGAUGUCUUGGAUGGUUUACGCCCAAGGUAACAGACUAUACGGAACCUUCACCGAGCAGACCGUCAAGACGGUCGAGAAUGCCAUGCCUUAUGGCUACAGUGGCUCCAUGGUCGCAGCGUACAUCGGUAUCGCUACCAGUAUCUGGGAUGGUAUCCAGAACAAGAAGAGAGCGUAA